UCCUCUUUUAUCUGAUCACCACCGUCUCGGCCUUGGUUUCUGAAAGCAGGCAGGAAAAAGCUAAUAAGGGCUUUGGAAUUUGAGCACCGAUUUGGUUUCAUACGUAGAGUCACAGUAGAUGCGCAGAUAGAUAGAUAGAUUGAUAGAUAGAUAGUAUUUGCGGCUGGGUCAUAAUUUUCUUGGGCUUGAUGGAGAUGAGCAGCUGGCUGGCCUUCUCCUUGUCUUCCUGCGUUCCGGAGGAAGAGUCUGAUGGAGGUGGAGAAGAGAGAGGAGUUAGCGGCGGCGGCGGCGUCAAUCCACUUGUUCUCAUGCCUCUCACCUCUGAUGCCUCCGUCUGCCUCAUGGAGCCUGCACCCUUGAGGCAGCCUCAAGCUUCAGAGUGGAAAUACGAUGCAAUUGCGGUCACCUCCACCGGGCUUAACCUGGCUGCGCGAGGGCCGAAGUUUGAGGAUUUCUUGGGUGGUUACUCUGAGAACUCCGGCAAGGAGAGCCACCGCCGGCAACACCAAUCAAUUCCUUACUUUUAUGAUGUGCAUUGUUCCCACAGUUCCGGCGGUCCUGGAAUCAAUGUUAACAUGCCUCCUUCCUUCGCCCUCGGUGAGGGAGUCCUGACCAAGGACAAUGUCGAAGCCCCUUAUCACUAUAUUGGAUCUUUCGACCACCACCAUCGACAUCCUAAUCAAUCUUUCCGUGAUCCUAAUGCCCUCUGGCCAGCAUUCCUCGGACCCGAUGCUAACCAAAGCUUCACUGCCAAUGCCGUGCCGGAAAAUAAGCCACCGGCCAAGGAAAAUGAGUCCCAAUCGCUAACCCUUUCAAUGAGCCGCGGUUUGCAGAUGGAUUUCAAUGAAAUUGUUCCAACCUCAGCUUACCCCUCUGAGCCUGUCACUGAUCCCAAAUGCCUGAAUGGAAAAUCGACAAUUCGCGAACGUGUUCCUCGCAAGUCCGUUGAGACUUUCGGGCAAAGAACCUCGCAGUAUAGGGGAGUGACAAGGCAUCGAUGGACCGGACGAUAUGAAGCCCACCUGUGGGACAACAGCUGUAGAAAGGAAGGCCAAACAAGAAAAGGAAGGCAAGUUUAUUUAGGAGGUUACGAUGAAGAAGAAAAGGCGGCAAGGGCAUAUGAUUUGGCUGCACUCAAGUACUGGGGAUCAACAACUCAUACAAAUUUCCCUCUAAGGACCUACGAGAAGGAGCUGGAGGCGAUGAAGAACAUGACUAGACAAGAGUUUGUAGCCAAUUUGCGUAGGAAGAGCAGUGGGUUCUCUAGAGGGGCAUCUGCGUACCGAGGGGUGACGAGGCACCACCAGCAUGGGAGAUGGCAAGCUAGAAUUGGCAGAGUGGCUGGCAACAAGGACUUGUACCUUGGCACUUUCAGCACACAGGAGGAAGCUGCGGAAGCCUAUGACAUUGCAGCCAUCAAGUUCCGAGGGCUGAAUGCAGUGACAAACUUCGACAUUACUAGGUACGACGUGAAGCGCAUUUGCUCAAGCUCACACCUACUUAGCGGGGAGCUUGCCAAAAGAUCACCAAAAGAAACCACCCCGGCAUCGUCUGAUGAUGUAUUUGAUGUGCCAUGGAAUUCAAAGACUGACGAUAUGUCGAACAAUCCUAAUUCCUCAGGUGCCGAGGUGGAGAGUUUUAGACACUCUGUCUCUUGGCAUAACAUGUAUGGGGAUUGUUCUAGUGGAAUCUUCUACCCUGCGGCCGUGGCGAACUGCAAUGUGGCGGUGACCGUGCAGCCUACCGAUACGAUGGCUUCCAAUCAACCUCCAGUGUUUGCUCUGUGGAAGGAUUGAGGAAUCAAUCACAAGCUGGAUUCAGAUUGUUAAGGUGAGCUGUGUUAGUCUCUUGGUGAUAGUAACACAAAGCUUCAGUCAAAUUUUGAGUUACUUAGUAGGGGCGGAGCCACCCCUGGUUAGGGUGACCUAUUUUAUAACUUUGAUAUAAUAAUUGUAAUGUAUGUAGUUAUCAUAAUUAUUACCUAUAAAACUUAUAAAAUGAAUUCUACGGUAAACAAUUGUUUAUUGUUGGUUGAUUAAAUAGUCAAACCCAAGGGUGGUAAGGGUGGUUACGCCUUUGCCAUCAGGCGCCUCCGUCAGGGACGGAGUUAGGAAUUUUAUA